CAGCUGGGAGGGAAGGAGACAGACGGGCUGCAGCGUGAAGAGGAGAAGAGAGGAAGAGAAGAGAAGAAGAGGAGGAGAGGAGGAGAGUUUCCCUCCACAUCCAUGGAGCUUCUCUCCGCAGCGCAGGAGGACGAGUGACGCUGGAAACAUGGCGAAAAACCAGGAAGUGGAGCGCAUCGCCAAAAAGCUGGAUAAAAUGGUGCACAAGAAGAACACGGACGGAGCCCUCGACCUGCUGAGGGAACUCAAGAACAUCAAGAUGUCUCUGGAGACCCUGCAGUCGACCAGAGUCGGGAUGUCGGUGAACGCUGUGAGGAAGCAGAGCUCAGAGGAAGAAGUUCAGACUCUGGCCAAAGCUCUCAUCAAGUCCUGGAAGAAACUGCUGGACGGUUCAGAGGAGAAGAAGAAGGAAGGCUCUCCUGUGAGGUCAUCGUCCACCUCCAAGGACUCCGGCAGCAGUGAGAAAAGCAGUAAGAAGUCAGGAGAGUCCCCGACCACGCCCACCUCCCCCACUACUCCCACUACUCCCACCUCCCCCACCACCCCAGCCCUCCCCCCUCGGGUCACCUCCUUCCCCCCGCCGCCCGUCACCACUGACAGCGUGAGGAACAAGUGUCGAGAGCUGCUGGUGGCGGCGCUGCAGACUGACGAUGACCACCGGACCAUCGGAGUCGACUGUGAGCACCUCGCAGCACAAAUCGAAGAAGAGAUCUUCCAGGAGUUCAAGUCGACAGACAUUAAAUACAAAACUCGCCUACGAAGCCGCAUCUCCAACCUGAAGGACCAGAAGAAUCCAGACCUGCGGCGUAACGUCCUGUGUGGGAACAUCUCGCCUCAUCGCAUCGCCAGCAUGACUGCUGAGGAGAUGGCGAGUGCGGAGCUGAAGCAGAUCAGAGAGAAUCUGACCAAAGAGUCCAUCAGAGAGCAUCAGCUGUCGAAGGUCGGAGGGACGGAGACGGACAUGUUCAUCUGCAACAAGUGUCACGGAAAGAGCUGCUCAUACACACAGGUGCAGACACGCAGUGCUGAUGAGCCCAUGACCACCUUCGUGCUGUGUAACAGCUGCGGAAACCGAUGGAAGUUCUGCUGAAGACGACGUUUGUGUGUGUGUAUUAUUCCAUCAUCAAGCUAAAAGUGAAUUGAUUGUGAAUUUUCUUUAUUUUGUAUAAUUUCUUUUUUUUUUUUUAUAUAAAAACUAAAAAAGCUAUAAUAUAUUUAGAGAGAGAGAGUUCAUGUUGUCGUAUUGGUUUAAUUUGUUUUGCAUGGAGCACUUGGAGUUAAUUUCUUACGGUAGAUGAAGCUUUGAGCCAGACUGAAAUCACAUUAGGGCCUUUUGUGGAAACAGUGGAUGUGCCUUUCUUUGCCAUGUUGUGCUGCCACAUAUUUUGCCCUUGAACAUUUAUAUUAAAGUUGCUCUUGGAUCAAGAUGA